AUGAGUACGGACGCCGCCGACGAUGGGCUGCGCAAGCCCCUAUUGCACACCGGAAGCUGGUACCGCAUGUCGGGCUUGGGCUCCCGCCAAUCCAGCAUCAUGAACUCCUCCGCCCAGUUCCUGCGCGAGUCCAUCUCCGUCUAUUUCUGCGUCCUCAUUGUCGCCCUUGGCCCCAUCCAAUUCGGUUUCACCUGUGGAUACUCUAAUCCUACCCAAUCCGACAUUAUUAAAGAUCUUCGUCUCACCAUCACCGAGUUCUCGAUAUUUGGUUCAUUGGCAAAUGUUGGGGCAAUGGUUGGUGCCAUAGCAAGUGGGCAGAUAGCUGAAUACGUUGGACGGAAAGGGUCGCUCAUAAUUGCCGCAAUUCCGAAUAUCAUCGGCUGGCUUGCAAUUUCAUUUGCCAAAAGCUCGUCGUUCUUGUUCAUGGGAAGAUUGUUGGAAGGGUUUGGUGUCGGCAUAAUCUCUUACACAGUGCCAGUAUACAUAGCAGAGAUUGCACCUCAGAACUUAAGGGGAAGCCUUGGAUCUGUAAAUCAGCUUUCAGUCACAAUUGGAAUCAUGUUGGUGUAUCUGUUGGGGCUUUUCGUACAUUGGAGAGUGCUUGCAGUUAUAGGAAUUUUGCCAUGCACAAUCUUGAUCCCUGGCCUCUUUUUUAUUCCAGAGUCUCCUCGUUGGUUGGCUAAAAUGGGCUUGAAUGAAGAUUUCGAAACUUCUUUGCAAGUUUUAAGGGGAUUUGAGACAGAUAUCACAUGUGAAAUAAAUGAGAUUAAGAAAUCUGUAGCUUCAUCAGGCAAAAGAACCGUCCUUCGAUUUUCGGAGAUCAAGAGAAAACGCUAUUGGUACCCUUUGAUGGUUGGAAUUGGGUUGCUCAUGCUCCAACAACUAAGUGGUAUCAAUGGUGUUCUUUUCUAUUCGAGCAGCAUUUUUCAAGCUGCAGGUAAGGUUUCAACUUUUAAGCUAAAAACCGUCAUAGUCGUUGUUACUGGGGUGUCAGCAACUUUGGUGGACAAAGCUGGUCGCAGGAUUCUUCUUAUUGUGUCUUCCUCUCUAACUACCGCGAGUACCUUCCUUGUUGCAAUCGUGUUCUUCUUAAAGGACAGUUUACCCGAAAGUUAUCAAUCUAUGAUGGGAGUACUUUCACUAGCUGGACUUCUGAUUUUCGUGAGUGGUUUCUCUGUGGGACUCGGAGCUGUACCAUGGAUUAUAAUGUCUGAGAUUCUCCCGGUAAGCAUAAAGAGUCUUGCUGGAAGCGUGGCUACAUUAGCCAAUUGGCUAUCGGCAUCAAUCAUUACAAUGACGGCUAAUUUACUCCUAACUUGGAGUAGCGGAGGAACUUUCGCUGUUUAUUCAUUAGUAUCGGCAUUUACUCUGUUAUUCGUGACAAUGUGGGUUCCUGAGACCAAAGGGAAAACUCUAGAAGAAAUUCAAUUUUCCUUUAGACGAUAG